CUUCAUGGUAUGCGGCAACGGAAGUGGUGAAAUGUCCCAUUUCCGUUUACAGGAUGGUGAGACGAUUUGUAAUGCAACUCAAAGAUGCAACUAAAGAAUUCGAAUCUGUUGGAAAUCAAGAUAUCCCACCCAAGAUAAGCAACCUCCUCAGCCUUGUCGCUUAUCCCACACUAGACGACUUUCAUGAAACGAUGGAAUCGAUUUUAAAUCUCCAGCAGUUUUAUGGUCUAAAGCCAAGUAAGUUAGUGCACGGAAGAAUUCUAACAAUCCAGGCCAAUGCGUCCCUCAACGCCAUCCAUGCCCUCGAAAUAGGAAAAUUUGCCCUAUCAAAGAAACAGUACACAUUAUCUCUUUCCUGGUUAUACGCUGCUAAAGACUUGUACCGUGAUGCCGGCAUGACUUCAAGUGUGGAGAUUGACACCUUGGUGACGAAAUUAGUUGACCAGCACGACACCGAUUAUGAUUCUGAGCUAUCCACAGGGCUUUACUUCUUUGAAGAAAAGCUGUCCAACAAUAUGUCGGCUAGAACGAUGCGCGAGGUCAAAAUGAAAAACUACUAUGGAAUUGCGCCAUCCGGACAUGAAUCAUAUCAAGGAGAUGUCGCGUACUACAAUUUGCUCAAUAUUUGCAACGGAAAUGAGUUCGUGCCCGAAUCUGUGAAGAAAACCUUAUUUUGCCGCCUUGAAACUAAGCAGAAUCCUUACUUUGCCAUCAAUCCGAUUAAAAUGGAAGUCUUAAGUCACGACCCGUACGCCGUCAUGAUGCACAAAGUAUUUCCAAAGUACUACUUUCGAUCGACGUGGAGUAGCAGUGCGUCCGCGGCAGUUGUCAAAUCCUCGGUUUCUUUAGCAUCACUGGAAUUGGAGGCGGCAGGAUUGUCGAAAAUGUCUCAUGAAGCUUCGGAUCCACGACCAGGGUCGACUUAUCGGAUCGUCGCGGCAAUAAAUAAAGCUCAUUUUAAGGACACAGCGUUACACCCGGGUCUCGUGUCCAAAAUGGAGUUUCUUACCAAGGUGAAGAUAAAAGGAAAAGCGUCCGACACUUAUGUCAUCAAUUCUUACCUGCAUGGUACGUACAUACAUACGACUUUUAUGCAUCGUUAA